GUUGGCACCUUGAACCCUCCCACUGGCCGCGGCGCGGUCGCAACAUGUUAGAUUGGUCUCGUCCGCUCUUCCUCCCUCGGCUGCUUCCCCCUCCCUCCUUCCCCAUCUUUUUUUCCUUGUUUUUUUGCCACACUCGCUCAUUCUGUAGAAUCCGCACCUAGACCGAGAGAUACGUAGCAUGGUCCAACUCGCUGUCAUCGUCUGCACUGCAUGGGUGGUAGUAGCAGUUUCGUUGACGCUCUACUGGGGCGUCUGCCUCCUGCGAAACUACGCCGCCGCUCAUAAGCUUGGCGUCCCCCUCCGUGUCAUACCUAUCGACCACACCAACCCGAUUUGGAUGCUUCUCGAUCGAAAGAUACUCUCCAUUAUCACGCAGCUGGUGCCUUCUCUGCGCAACUCCAGUUUCGUCAGGCACAACUAUCGAGGAUGGGAGUUGCGCGAGAGAUACUUCUCUCACCAUGAGCUUGGCGACGUGUUCGCCCUGGUUACUCCGGGAAGGACCUGGGUGUACAUCGCCAACCCGGAUGCUCUGAUGGAUGUCUUCCGCCGUAGGACUGAUUUCCCUCGCUGUCUUGAGCUCACCGGUAAGAAUUCCAAAGUCCUCAACGUCUUUGGACCCAAUGUGUCAACUGUGGACGGGCCGCAAUGGAAGAUGCAGCGGAAGCUCAUUGGAACGUGCUUUACGGAGCAGAACAACGAGAUUGUCUGGUCCGAGAGCACCGUUUUGGCGCGCGACAUGAUCCAAUACUGGGCAUCAAAGCCGUCAGUCGAUUCCAUCGCACCAGACACCCGCACGCUUUCGCUUCAUGUGCUGUCCCGCGCCGGGUUUGGCAAAUCAUUCAAGUUUAAAGGCCAUGACGACAGACAGAAGAACCAGACAUCGACAAACUAUAAGGAAUCUUUGCAGCUAAUCCUCGAAAACUGUAUCCUGAUCAUGGCCCUGGGCCCGAGAUUUCUGGCCGAUUGGAAGCCGUGGCUGCCCCGCAAGCUGCAGCGCCUGCAAGAGGCUUGCGCCUCCUUUCAAAGAUACAUGACCGAGACGUAUGAGGAUGAAAAGAAGGCAUCAUCGUCAUCGUCCUCUUCAAUGCCCGGGGACCACAACCUUAUGAAAUCUUUGGUUCGGGCCUCGCAAGAUGAGGCAAAGACUUCAUCUGGUGCUCUUGGCCCCGGCCUCACCGAACAAGAGAUCUAUGGGAACAUGUUCGUCCUUAACUUUGCUGGCCACGACACAACCGCUCAUACCUUUACUUUCUCCCUCUAUUUUCUGGCUGCGCACCGAGAAGUACAGGACUGGGUCUUCGAGGAGCUCCGCCAUGUUUUGGGCAACCGCCCUCCGAACGAAUGGCACUACGCCAGCGAUUUUCCCCGUCUGAAACGCGCUCUCGCCGUCAUGUAUGAAACUCUCAGGCUCUAUACGCCUGUGCCCGUGGCCAAGUGGACUGGCGCGCAGUCGCAGACGCUUUCUGUGGGAGACAAGACGUUAAUUCUCCCACCCAACACAAUGGUUAUCCCCAGUUACUCUGCGGUGCACACGGAUCCAAAACACUGGGGUUCCGACUCUCUCGACUGGAAACCCUCGCGCUGGGUGACGCCCGGUGCAAGCGGAGCAAUGGACGAUGAGGUAUUCUUGGCUCCCAAAAAGGGAACCUUUCUUGGCUGGUCAGAAGGCGCACGCGAUUGCCCGGGCAGAAAGUUCUCUCAGGUCGAGUUUGUUGCCACGAUGGCCGUCCUGUUCCGGGAGUGGUAUGUUGAACCGGUGCUUCUCGAUGUUGACCGCGGGAGUCUGCGCGCCGCAUGCAAAAGGGUGUUGAACCAGAUCGAGACGGACUCGGCAAUGGUUCUGUUACUGCAGAUGUUGCACCCAGAAAGGGCCCCGUUGGUUUGGAAAAGGAGAUAGAACUGAAGUACAUCGGUCUGCUUGGUGAUUGGACUACCUCAUAAUGUAUGUACCUUGUACUAUGAAUGUCUACCGCUGCCUUACGUACGUAAAAUCGAUGCGACAGGUCAAGGAUGCCGUGAAUUACAUGAACCCCGAGCUUCGUGUCUCCUCUUGAGUCUAUCUCAACAGGGUUGUUGAAC